AUGUUGUCUAGUUGGCCAUCACCAUUACAAUUUGUCAAAGAUUUUGAUCGUACAAAUUAUUCAAUUAAAUCAGAAGAAUCAACAUCAACUGAUGAGUUAGAUGAUGAUCAAAAUAAUGAUGGUGAAGGUGUUUGGAGUCCAGAUAUUGAACAAAGUUUUCAUGAAGCAUUAUCUAUUUAUCCUCCAUGUGGUCGAAGAAAAAUUAUUCUAUCCGAAGAAGGUAAAAUGUUCGGUAGAAAUGAACUUAUUUCACGUUAUAUCAAAAUGCGUACUGGUAAAUUACGUACACGUAAACAAGUAUCAUCACAUAUUCAAGUUCUUGCUAAGCGAAAAUCAAAAGAAAUUCAAACAUUAUUUAAAGAUUCAAAUUUUAAAGAACCUUAUCAUCCAUUAGUUUUUAAUCAACAUUAUCAUCAAUUACAUAAUUCAACAACACCAUCAACAAUUAUUACUGAUAGUACUUCAUCUUAUUAUACACAUCAACAACAUACACCUGUAUCAUUUUUUCCAUCAACAUCUACAUUAUCAUUUAAAUCAACAACACCAAUUAUUUGGCAACAACAAAAUUCAGAAUUUAAACCAUUUUCACCAUCAUCAAUAACAACAGAUUUUAUUUCAAUGCCAAAUACAAUAACGAAUUUUAUUCAUACAAAUCAAUUAAAACUUAUUCAAUUUGUUGGAUAUAUUCAAUCAAAAUCUGAUAUUCAUCCAAAACAUUAUCUUGUUCAUAUCAGUCAAGAAGCUGGUACUGAUAUGAAAUCUGAACGUAUCAAAAUGAGCCAAAUUAUUGAUUUAUUUCCUAUGUUAAAAGAACUUUAUAAUAAAGGAUCAAAAGAUGCAUUUUAUGUUGUUAAAAUUUGGGUCAAUAUGAAUUAUGAAGAAAAUUCAACUGAUACAUAUCAUUAUUUUUCUGUUUUUGAAAGUUUCGAAGAUAAUAUGAAUUUAUGUAUAACAACAAAAGCAUGUUCAUUUGGUAAAACAAUUGUAGAAAAAAUUGAAGAUGGUACAACAAAAUAUAAUGAUAUGGUUAAUAAAUAUAUUCAUCGUUCAGUUGAUACAACAAUGUGUCAUUUUAUGAUUGAUUUUAUAAAAAAACUUAAAACAGGAAUGUAUAUACGUGAGAUGAUGAAUGUUGUACUUGAACAUCUAGGAGUACUUCAAACAGUAGUAUCAAAAGAUACAAAUGAAUUACUAUUAUGUAUUGCAUAUAUAUUUGAAAUAAGUGAAUCAUUAAGUGGUACACAAUCGACUGCUUAUCGUUUAUGCGAAUGA